AUGGACUCAGUCGUUGCAGAUUUCGUGCAAGAGUACCAGAAUAAAAAAUGGAUCUACGCGCGCAACGCAGCGGCGACCGCCAGAAUAUGCCACGAAAUGCUGCAAGCUGAGCUUCUCCCAGCCGUUGUCACCUACAGGGUAAAAGACCCUUCCAGUCUGGAGCGCAAACUUCGCCAACGUGAGCAUUUGCGUGGUCAACACUAUCCGUCGAGAGAAAGCAUCCAGGAUGAGAUCUCAGACCUAGCAGGGGUUCGUAUCGUCGUAUAUUUCCCCCAAGAUACCGAGCGCGUUUUGGACGCGCUCGGUGGACGAUUCGAUGUCGAGUUGAAGAAAAGCUACGGAGCAGUAGACACCAACCGCGUUCGGAAAACCUCCGGGCACAUCCAGCGUCCAGGGUAUUGCGCCACGCAUUGUUGGGUAUUUCUGAAACAGGACGAGCCCCAGGCGCGCGACGGGUCCAGCAGGAGGAGAGUAGAAAUACAGGUCGUUUCCUUGUUGCGGCAUGCCUGGGCUCAAUUUGAACAUGAUGCAGUUUAUAAGGCGCGAUCCACGAUGAAUCUCGAGGAUCGCCAGAUCUUGGAUGCAUUGAGCUGUGCCAUCCACCGCGGGGAAUGGCUCUUGAAUUGCAUAUCUGACAACAGAGCUGUCAGAAAUAUAUCCAGCGAUCAGCUGUUUGAGGUGGUGUAUGAGGUAGGAUGCCUGGUGGCAGAUGCGGCCAAAGAGCAAAGUCGCGCGCAGGGAACUGCAAAGCCCUUGGAGGCGUUCUUACGCAAUUUGAAGGUGGCGAAACCCACAAGAUUGUCCGGUUCAAUGGCAAAGGCACGCUUAUAG